AUGAAAGAACUCGAUGAUCAUGAAACAUAUUUUACUGUAAUGGAUUAUCGAGUAAAUACAUAUAUAAGACAAAUAGAUUGUGAAACAUUUAUAACCAUAUUUAAUGAACAACAUGGUGAAAUAUGGUCAAGUAUUGAACAACGUAUAUUUGAAAUAUGUCGCGAAAUAUUUCAUUCUGCAACAGUCGAGAAGCCACCAUUUGAUAUUGGUUCAUGUUUAUCAUCACGAGCUUCAUAUGCAACUGAUUUAAUAUUAGAAAUUAAUUUCACACCCAAUUGUCAACAUGCAUGUACUUCUUAUUCAACCUUUUAUUAUCAAGUUUUUAAUGUUCUUUUUCGAAACCUGACCGAUGAUGAGGAUAUUGUAGACAUAUCAUCAUAA